AAUACGGUCACACUGACAAACAAUUUGGGAUUAUAAAAUAUGAGUGAUCAGCGUGGUACGAGGGUAUAUGUUGGAAAUUUAACUGACAAAGUAAAAAAAGAUGAUCUUGAAGGUGAAUUCACAAAGUAUGGAAAACUAAAUUCUGUAUGGAUUGCAUUUAAUCCGCCUGGCUUUGCUUUUGUUGAAUUUGAGCAUCGGGAUGAUGCCGAAAAAGCUUGCGAUAUUUUGAACGGUUCAGAACUUUUGGGUUCUCAGUUGCGUGUCGAAAUAUCAAAAGGCCGACCGCGCCAAGGACGCCGUGGUGGACCUGGUGACCGUGGUAGGCGUGAUUUUGCCAGACACAGUAUAAGCAACAGCAACAAUGGAUUUAGACAACAGCGAGGAUCAAGUGCUUCAAAUGGUCGUCAUGGUGAGCGUGGUUACAUAUCCAGUCGGUCUGGCGGAGGCUAUAGUGGAAGAGACGGUGGAAGUAGUGGCUUCAGUCGUCGCGAAAUUUACGGUGGAGGAAGGGACGCCAGUCGCCAUGGCAAUAGUUCCAGUUCUAGCUAUGGCCGCAGUGGUGGACAGGGAGGGAGCCGCUUUAGAUCUCGUUCGCCAAUUGCAAAUCAUCGGUUCUAAUCAAGUUUUCAACUAAAAUGUGUUUGCGAUUAUUCAUCAUAGAAUGAUUUAAUUAUGCAUCAGCUUUUUAAACAAAUAAAAUUAAUAUUUAUAAGAAAAAAGUGCAUCUAAUGGCUUAAAUAUACAUACAUACAUACAUAUAUAGCCAGCCACAUCCCAAAAAAAAUUGAUAAUGCCUACUGAACUAUCGGAUAAAUAUUAGUAGUUUAAUUACAAUUGUAAUGAUUGAAAUUUUAACUUGACUCGUAACUUAUGCAUUACCUUAGAUAACUAACAAAAUGAAAGUUCAAAAAUACUUUCGAUCACAUGCAUAAUAAAAUUUGGACGGAAAAACUCGAAAAAUUAUUUUAUUUAAUAAAAAUAUGGCAUUGACCAAUGAUUAACAUCUUUAAAAA